CCCACACUGCCUCAUACAUAAAUAGUGAGCAAACUUUCAUUUCUGAUAAGAGACUGCGUAGGACUGCUCACUGUUUUUCUGACACUGGAAAGGUUUUUUUCGCAGCCAUGAAAGUACUUCUUGUUUUUGCUCUGGUCGUCCUGAUUCAUGGCAGUUAUGCCACUUUGCUCAUUAAAGGGCCGACCCAUCCGGUUCUGGAAGGGGAGAGGGUCACACUGGAGUGCUUGUACACAGACUCUGAGGCCAACAUCAGCCAGGUCCACUUUGAGGUCUUCUCCAAGUACAUACAGAGCUGGCGUCAAGUUUAUGAGCGCUCACUGUGCUUCUAUUUGACUGAAAUUGAGCAGACCGGUGACAGUCUAGUGCUGUCCAUCCCCCAAGCAGGAAAGUACUAUGAGGGGCCUUAUCGCUGUGUGUCCAACGCUGAAAAUGUGACCGCACCGGACAACUCCUCCGAGCCGCUGGCCAUCAAAGUUCAUUACAUGGGAGAGCUGUCGCUGAUCAGGGAAGGGUACACCAGCUACAUGGGUGUCCCGCGGGAGCUGAAGGUGCAGCUCGGGGAUGACGUGGUGCUCAAGUGCUCUGCCAGCUCGUCGGAGAUGCCGAGCUACUUCUGGCACAAGGAGGGCAGCGACUGGAUCCUGCCUUCCUCCACGCUGACCCUGAACAAGGUGAGCGCGGCGGCCGAAGGACAGUACACAUGCAUGGCUAGUCAUCGUUCCGUGGAGUCGCUCAGCAAGAAACGCACCGUCAGAAUCACCGUACUUCCAGAGGGUGCCCCCUGGUAUGAGUCCAGUAAUGGCCGUCUCAUUUUGAUGACCUCGGCGGCGGCUGUGGCUCUCUUGGUGUUCAUCCUUUCCGUGAGCGUGUUCCUGUGCCGCAGGGCCAAGCAGGCCCAGGCCAGCAGGGGACCCAUUGACGACCGGUCUCAGAAAAAGCCCAUCUACAAAGGCAGCUCCGAAUCCCUACCCUCUGCCUGCGGAGACAAACAGCCUUUGGUGUGACUGCAAAGGCAGGUGGAAGGAUGAGGAGAUGGGGGAGGAAGAUAGAGCGAGAGACACGGAAGAUGGAGAGGGUGGUGGGAAAAUGAGGGAUGGCACAGAAAGUAUACUUAAAGUAGGAGGAAAUGGUAUAGGGUUAUGGAUGGUCACAUUGGGAAAGGAGGGAAGGAGGGGAGGCAAACUUAUUGAAAGACUGUCGGGAAUCAAAAUAAGCGGCAAGCUGGGUAUGAAAAACAAACUGAAGGGCAAGGGAUUUUCUUUAGAGACAUAGAGGGCGCUUUGCUUGCGGGUGAUUGCAGUUAUGCGUCAGGAACAGAAAGGUGGGCAAUUUUAUCUUCAUUUAUUCUGCAGCGUGGAAAAUGUUGAGCUACAUUCUUACCAAAAGCGAUGUUUGGGGGGUGGGGGGUAAUUCUUGUUCACUGCACUGAGAUGAAAAGACGUGACGGAAGACGCAAUUCUGUCCUUUUCUGCAAACAUAAUUACUCUGCUGUAUUACGAAUGAACCUAUUGGGUUAUAGGUUAAGGAUUUAUUUUGUUGAUUGGUUUCCCUUUGAACCUAUUUUCGUUGUUAUUCCAAAGAACAACCAGCACAAAGAAUCUGUGAAAAUGUUAUCAUCGACAGCUCUUGAGCACAUUGCACUCUACAAUUUAAUUUACUGUACUUUGGAUUUCUUCUCUAUUAAAUGGCUUCUUUUUUCA